CCAGGCCGGGCAGCCGCGGCAGCAGCGGCGGCGACAGAGGUACAGGUGCCUCCGCCAGACGACAGCCGCCUGCCAGCCCGCCGGCCCUGGCACCAGGCCUUCACGCCCCUCUCCCGCCUCACACACCGGCCUCCCCACCGCUCGGCCAAAUGCAGGCCGUCGCCCUCCCCGAGGAGAUCCGUUGGCUCAUGGAAGAUGCUGAGGAGUUUUUGGGGGAAGGUUUGCGGAAUGAAAAUCUCAGUGCUACUGCGAGGGACCACAGAGACCACAUUCUACGGGGCUUCCAGCAAGUCAAAACUAGGUAUUAUUGGGAUAGUCAGCCCCAAGGGGGAGACCAAGCUGAAAGUUACCUUGGGCAGGACAGCUCCGAUGAUAAUCAGAGUGGAACUCAUGGCCCUUCUCUCACAUCGGAUGCACCUUUUUUGCCUGAUUAUCAGGAUGAGGGAGUGGAAGACCUCCUAAAAGGAGCUCAAGAGCUUGAUAACAUCAUCAAGCAAGGAUACUUGGAGAAGAAAAGCAAAGAUCACAGUUUCUUCGGAUCGGAGUGGCAGAAGCGGUGGUGUGUUGUCAGCAGAGGCCUCUUCUACUACUACGCUAAUGAGAAAAGCAAACAGCCCAAGGGGACCUUUCUCAUUAAGGGCUACAGUGUACGGAUGGCCCCCUACCUGCGAAAAGAUUCCAAGAAAGAAUCCUGCUUUGAACUGACCUCCCAGGAUAGGCGCAGCUAUGAGUUUACAGCUGCCAAUCCAGCCGAAGCCAGGGACUGGGUGGAUCAAAUCAGUUUCUUGUUAAAGGAUCUGAGCUCCUUUACCAUUCCGUGUGAAGAGGAGGAGGAAGAGGAGGAAGAGGAAGAGACGUAUGAUGAUAUUGAUGGUUUCGAUGCCCCAAAUUCUGGUUCCCAGUGCAGACCUGUCAUCUUGCCUGGGAGUGCAGGGCUAAAAGAGCCCACAAAGGAGAGAGAAGAAGAUAUUUAUGAAGUCUUACCAGAGGAAGAGCGUGACCUAGAAGAGGAUGAGAACGGCACUCCACGUAAAGGAGUGGACUAUACCAAUUAUUACCAGGGCCUCUGGGAUUGCCAUGGUGACCAGCCAGACGAACUGUCCUUCCAAAGGGGUGACCUCAUCCACAUUCUGAGCAAGGAGUAUAACAUGUAUGGCUGGUGGGUUGGAGAACUGAACAGCCUCAUCGGUAUUGUUCCAAAGGAGUAUCUCACCACUGCCUUUGAAAUGGAAGAAAUAUGAAGCCCAGGACCCAUAUCCUUUUCUCUGGCCUGCCAUUAUGAAGAAAACAAUCAUCAGGAGUUUCUAUUCCCUACCCCAGCCACCCCACCAACCCCACGGACUCUUCUCUUUACUGAUGAGACCCAAGCUUCUGAUACCUGGUAGUUACUGAAAACCGCCAGUGAGACCAGUGGAAAAAGGCACAGUCAGCAGAUCUGUUAAUACACCUGCCUUGUCAUAGCUCAUCCCACCUUUUUUUUUUUUCAUCCUUCCUUUAAACAUGUCCACACAUCCACUUCUGCCUUCUCCCCAGGCUUGUCACAGAGAAGGUAAGAGCAGAGGAAAACUUUGGAGGAGGAAGUUGCUAGUUGUUUCGUCUGAUUAGAAAAGCAUAAAUAAACAUCAUACUUGGUUCCUAGAA